CAGUUAUCACCCUAUCCCCGUUGUCUUUGCUCAAGCCAAAGGAUCAUCUAUAUGGGAUCCAGAAGGCAAUAGAUAUGUGGACUUCCUUUCAGCUUAUUCUGCUGCUAAUCAGGGACAUUGUCAUCCAAAAAUCACAAAAGCAUUGGUUGACCAAGCUGAAAAGCUUACUCUCAGUUCGAGGGCUUUCUACAAUGAUAAAUUUCCAGUAUUUGCAGAACGCCUGACGAGCAUUUUUGGUUACGACAUGGUUUUGCCGAUGAAUACAGGUGCAGAAGGUGUAGAGACAGCUUUGAAGCUAGCGAGAAAAUGGGGAUAUCUUAAGAAAAAAAUUCCAAGAGAUGAGGCCAUGAUUGUUUCUUGCUGUGGCUGCUUUCACGGCCGAACAUUAGCUGCUAUUUCUAUGAGCUGUGACAAUGAGGCAACACGUGGCUUUUGGCCUUUAUUGCAAGGCCACGUCAAAGUUGAUUUUGGUGAUAGUGCAGCACUUGAGAAAGUAUUUAAAGAGAAAGGGGACCGAAUUGCAGGUUUUCUGUUUGAGCCUAUUCAAGGAGAAGCUGGGGUAAUUAUUCCACCUGAUGGUUAUUUGCAAGCUGUAAGAGAACUUUGCUCGAAAUAUAAUGUUCUAAUGAUUGCUGAUGAAAUACAAAGUGGGUUAGCACGUUCCGGAAGAAUCUUGGCUUGUGACUGGGAAAAAGUUCGACCUGAUGUUGUAAUACUAGGAAAAGCACUUGGUGGUGGAGUAUUGCCUGUUAGUGCAGUUCUUUCAGACAAAGAUGUUAUGCUCUGUAUACAGCCCGGAGAACAUGGAAGCACAUUUGGAGGGAACCCUUUGGCCAGUGCAGUUGCCAUUGCAUCACUAGACGUGAUCAUAAACGAGAAACUUGCCGAAAGAUCCGACCAACUCGGAGAAGAACUCAGGCGGCAACUCAUGAAGAUACAAAAGCAAUUUCCCGAGCUUGUAAAGGAGGUGAGAGGUAAAGGAUUGUUCAAUGCUGUGGAGCUCAAUGGGAAAGCCUUGGCACCCGUGACUGCAUAUGAUAUAUGCCUCAAGCUCAAAGAGAGAGGGAUUCUUGCUAAACCGACCCACAAUUCUAUUAUUCGUUUAACCCCUCCUCUAACAAUAAGUCUGGAUGAGCUUCAAGAAGGCUCAAAAGCACUACACGAUGUAUUGGAACAUGAUCUCUCGAAGAUGAAGAAAGAGAAGCCAAAUGCCCCUUCUCACGAUACGGAUUCCAAUGCAUGCGACCGAUGUGGGCGUAACUUGUACGACUCUUCUUAAUUAUAUUAAAAUAAAUGAAUUAGAUUUUAUAAUAAACAACUUUCAUUUGACUUUCUUCUAUAUAAGGGGUGACCAGUUUUUUUUGUUAAGUUGAUUUACUUGAAGCUCAAAGGCCCCAAACUGCAUUUGCUCAUAUAUAUAUUUCGGUUUUGAGAUGUGAUCAUGAUUCUGUAGGCUAUAUUUCGGUUUAUAUACUUUAUAAAUUGCACCCUAUAUGAGGUAUGCUUGCAG